GUUUCCUACUUUGAGAUAUAUUUGGACAAAAUAAGGGACCUACUGGAUGUGUCAAAGACAAACCUCGCUGUACAUGAAGAUAAAAACAGAGUCCCAUAUGUUAAGGGUUGUACAGAAAGAUUUGUAUCUAGUCCUGAAGAAGUUUUGGAUGUUAUUGAUGAAGGGAAAGCUAACCGUCACGUAGCCGUUACAAAUAUGAAUGAACACAGCUCUAGGAGCCAUAGUAUCUUCCUCAUUAAUAUUAAACAAGAGAAUGUGGAAACUGAGAAGAAACUCAGUGGAAAGCUUUACCUGGUCGACUUGGCUGGAAGUGAGAAGGUCAGCAAAACUGGAGCGGAGGGAGCUGUUCUUGAUGAAGCUAAAAAUAUCAAUAAGUCUUUGUCUGCUUUAGGCAAUGUGAUAUCUGCCUUGGCAGAAGGAACUAAAACCCAUGUUCCAUACCGAGACAGCAAAAUGACCCGAAUACUUCAGGAUUCCCUGGGUGGGAACUGCAGAACCACCAUCGUGAUAUGCUGUUCUCCUUCUGUGUUCAAUGAAGCAGAAACAAAGUCAACCCUGAUGUUCGGGCAGCGAGCUAAGACGAUUAAGAACACGGUCUCUGUGAAUCUGGAGCUGACCGCGGAGGAGUGGAAGAAAAAGUACGAGAAGGAGAAAGACAAAAACAAGAGUCUCAAGAAUGUUAUCCAGCACCUAGAGCUGGAACUGAACAGGUGGAGAAACGGAGAAGCUGUGCCUGAAGAUGAACAGAUCAGUGCAAAGGACCAGAAGAACCUGGAGCCUUGUGAUAACACCCCAAUUAUUGACAACAUCACACCAGUUGUUGCCAGCAUCUCGACAGAGGAGAAACAGAAAUACGAUGAGGAGAUUGCCAGUCUCUACAGACAGCUGGAUGAUAAGGAUGAUGAAAUCAACCAGCAGAGCCAGUUGGCUGAAAAACUAAAGCAACAAAUGUUGGAUCAAGAGGAGCUUUUGGCUUCCACUAGGAGAGAUUAUGAGAAGAUUCAAGAGGAGCUGACCCGUCUUCAGAUUGAGAAUGAAGCAGCAAAAGAUGAAGUGAAAGAGGUCCUUCAAGCCCUGGAAGAAUUAGCUGUCAAUUAUGACCAGAAAUCCCAAGAAGUAGAAGAUAAAACAAGAGCCAACGAGCAGCUGGCUGAUGAACUGGCACAGAAGAGUAGUACUCUGACAGCCACCCAGAGGGAGCUGGGCCAGUUGCAGGAGCUCAGUAACCAUCAGAAGAAGAGAGCUACAGAAAUCUUGAACUUGCUGCUGAAGGACCUGGGUGAGAUUGGAGGAAUCAUCGGUACUAACGAUGUUAAAACAUUAGCAGAUGUGAACGGGGUGAUCGAGGAGGAGUUCACCAUGGCACGGCUUUACAUCAGCAAGAUGAAGUCUGAGGUGAAGUCCCUGGUGAACCGCAGCAAGCAGCUGGAGAGUGCCCAGAUGGACUCCAACAGGAAGAUGAACGCCAGCGAGAGGGAGCUUGCAGCUUGCCAGCUCCUUAUUUCACAGCACGAAGCAAAGAUCAAGUCCCUGACAGACUACAUGCAGAAUAUGGAGCAGAAGAGAAGGCAGCUGGAAGAGUCACAGGACUCUCUCAAUGAAGAACUUGCCAAGUUACGUGCUCAAGAAAAAAUGCACGAGGUCAGUUUCAAGGAUAAGGAGAAGGAGCAUCUGACCCGGCUGCAGGACGCAGAGGAGAUGAAGAAGGCACUGGAGCAGCAGAUGGAGAGUCACAGGGAAGCCCACCAGAAGCAGCUGUCCAGGCUGAGGGAUGAAAUUGAAGAGAAGCAGAAAAUAAUUGAUGAAAUCAGAGAUAUGAAUCAGAAGCUGCAACUGGAACAAGAGAAACUGAGCGCUGAUUAUGAUAAGUUAAAAAUUGAGGACCAGGAAAGAGAAAUGAAACUGGAAAAGCUCAUACUGCUUAAUGAUAAAAGGGAACAAGCAAGAGAAGAUCUUAAGGGACUGGAGGAAACAGUGGCAAGAGAACUUCAGACUCUACACAACCUACGCAAACUGUUUGUGCAAGAUCUCACCACCCGCGUUAAAAAAAGCGUUGAACUCGACAGCGACGACGGAGGUGGAAGUGCUGCGCAGAAGCAGAAAAUUUCCUUUCUUGAGAACAACCUGGAACAGCUUACAAAGGUUCACAAACAG